UAAAAUCGAUUAAUUACCUGCGUUGAACUUGUUCUUUUUCUUUGUUGUGUCGUUUCUGUUUGUUUGAAAAUAAAGCUAGAAUUAGUAGAAAAAUGUCAUUGUUUAAAGUAUGUACAUGGUGGUCAGCACAGUGUCCGGACUUUCAAUCGAAUUACGAUGCACAGCUAUUGCAUUGUUGUCGUUUUGGUGUCGAAGAAAAUGAAAAGGAUUACGUAAUUGUUGCAUCUCAUUCGGGCUAUGUCAGCAUUUUCCAGCCAAAUGCAACGAUGACCGACGAAACUGAAGAUGAAGAGCCCACCUCUGGUUUUAGGCCCACCGAUCAAUUGCUUGAAAUUAAAUUAACCGAUCCCAUCAUACAGUUAUCGUCUGGAAAAUUUAUUAUAGGUGCUGCAAAUGAACGAAAACGACAAUUAGCCAUUUUACAUUCGAUGAAACUGUCCAUUUAUUCAUUGCAUUUGACAGAGGGGCUUGCUGAACACGGAGCUCAGUUUAAAUUGAACCUUUGUUUUGAGCAUAAACUCAAUAAAGCUGCGUUUUCAAUGUGUCAUGGUCAUUUUGGUGGUUAUAAAAGUCGUGAAUUCUUUUGUAUCACCCACAUGGAUAGUACGCUAACAUUUUAUGAACAGGAUGGGAUUGCUUACGAAACCACUUUGACCGGUGAACGGCACAUUCCAUCGAAAAUGGUUUUUAAUUCACGAACUGAUACUUUCCUUACGGUGUCUUCAUACUGCGAUUUGGAAUGUUAUCGAUACCAAGAUUUAGGCCAAUCGGUGGACACACAAAGAAGUAGCCUACCGUUUCCGGUUUGGUCGGUUUGCAUUGGCGAAUUUUCGUUGGACCUUCAAAUUCAACAAAUUUCAGACAAUGAAAAUCUGAUAUUAGUUUUAUGUGAGAAUUUACUCUAUGCCAUAUCGGAUACGUCAAAUAUUAAAUUUAUCAAACGAUUGGACUAUGUACCUAUGUGUUUUUGUUCAUUUGUUGCUGGAUGGUAUUAUGAACCGGAUGCUCGUUUGAUAAUAACUGUUGUGUCAGAAAGUGGAACAAUCUUAAUUUAUAAUACGUCUCAAUUAAUUUGGGCGGCACAAUUGUCGUACGUUCCAAUGGCAAUUUGUCGAACGAAUGUAAACGGUUUGCCUGGUGCAAUCUGUACAUUGAGCGAAACUGGUAAAAUGGCUAUAUCCUAUUUGGGUUCCGAUCCGCAAAUGUUUCAAGUGCCACCGUUAAAUAUGCAAAAACUUAAUUUUGAAAAAACACAAACCGAACUGAUCGAAUUGGAAAAAGAAAUUAAAGCUGGCAUUGAUUUUACGGAUAUGUCGUCGAUCAAUGCAUCGGCCGAACGUGAUUUGAAUGUUGAUUUUUCCAUUGAUUCAACUCUCGAACAAUGUAAAUACUCGACAAAAAUGCCAAGCACCAUUGUAUCGCCUGAUGAUAUGAAAAUGGUGCGAGCCACCGUAAAACUACAUGCACAAACCAAUUUGGAGCAAAUUCAAGUACAAUUCUAUUGUUCGGAACCGUUAACGGCCAACAAAGCAAUACAUUCAUUUCAACAAAUGAAUGCAAAUCAAAGCGAAAUUAUUGAAACGUGUUUUUAUAUGGAAAACAGUUGUGAUAUUGCCAGUAAAUCGGUUGUAGCGGUCACAUCUUUCAUAAAUAAACACACAAUUCCACGUGUCAUUGAAAAAACAAUAGAUUUACCAUUGAAAAUGUUCUUUAAAACGUGUAUACCUCAAAAAGAUUCCGCCAUCAAAUUGACGAUUACAGUAAAUCAGACUACCGUACCAACCAUCGAUCAAUUAUUUGCAAACGAUUUUCCAAUUGAGCCCACACACAAUGCAAUCGGAUUCAAGUCAAUUUACUCGGGAAAAAUUGUUACCAUUGUCGCUGCAAAGAAUUCCAAUCGAUUUAGGCUUCAAUCGGACCAUUUACCAACAAUUGCACCGAUUUUAGAAUCGAUUGUUGAUCGAAUUGAGAAAUAUACAACGCCAAAGAUUCGAAUUACGAACAGUUCGCCAUUACCGGUAACCGCAUUGAUUACUCUUGUUGACAUUCAUUAUAAAUCCUAUGAAAAAGUACAAAUUGUGCGGGAAAAAUUGAAAAAUUGUACAAUACGAAUGCGAUUGCUGGAACGAAGGUAUUUCACGAAAUUGGAUGACAAAAAAACCGGUUCAAUCGACAGUAUAGUGACAUUCUUAAAAACAACACACCAAGAGCUAAUGACCCACAUUCAAACUUUAGAGAAUGCUAAACAAAAUUUAUCAAAGAUCCAAUGCGAUUUGUCGUGUGGGUUGGCAUGUGUAAAUGGAUUGAUUAAAUUAAUUGAUGUGCCACCAAAAGGUUGUGAUACUUUACGUUCGGCGCUAAUGAGUACUGUGACUGAUUAUCCACAGCAGAGUUGGGAAGAGAUGACAGCGGCUGGCUUAAAUAUUUUGACUUAUGUUGGUCCAUUAAAAAAGAAUAAAAAUGGGGUUGCCGAUGAUGAUCCAACACUUGAUGUGGCACCAUUUGACUUUGAACGAUUUAAAAGACAUUUAACUGGAUUAUUAGAACGCGUCUCACGUCAAUCUGGUGAUCAAAAGUCCAAUAGCAUUGACGAAACGCUUACUGAAGAAGACGACAUUAAUGAAUUAUCCGUCGAUAAUCCAAAAACAACCAACGAAGAAAGCGAUUGGAUUUUUGAUGUAAAACAAACAAUGGAUAUUUUACCACGACUUCAAAACAACAUCGAUUAAAAUGGCACACAAUCGAGUUUUUCAAAAGAUUAAUUUAUCGCUUAUAACAUAUUUUCUUGUAAUUUGAAUUAUAUUUUAGUUUUUUCUUUUAUUGUUGGAUUUAUUUGAACGGAAAUUAUUGACAAAAAAAAUUCAUUUGGCAAAUUUAACUUUAAACA